CGUAAUAUUUCAACCCUUCUUAUACUACGACCAUGGCGGACAUUGCAGCAACAUCUGCCACGACCUCCAACAAGCGCACGUCAUCUCCGUCUCCUUCAAUGCGUCCUGCCAAAGUUCGAAAGCGCAAGAGUCACGUCAGUCGAGCGUGUAAUGCUUGUCGAAGGAGGAAGUCAAGAUGUGAUGCGAUGCAGCCCAAGUGCGGCACAUGCUCACUUUAUAACGACGACUGCCAAUACACCACAGAACAAGAUGGUCGGAAACCGGUCACGAAACCCUAUGUGGAUGCUCUGAAGCAACGUAUCAGAGUACUCGAGACUCUGCUAAGAGAACGGGGCAUAGAUGAACAUAUCUCUCUCACGGAAUCUCAAACACUUAUACAUGAAGAUAGGACGGCUGAGGGAUCAUCUAAAGAUCUGGAUGUAGAGCCGGAGGACGAGGACUCUGAUGCUUUCUCCGUCAAUGACUUUGGGAUCAACAGGCUCAAGAUUGACGAUGACACGGGAGAGUUGAGACAGUACGGCCCAACUUCAGCGUUUAUGCACUUGCCCGAGCCAUCCGGUUCAUCAUCCUCUGCAUCUAAUACACUGAGUGCAACCUCGCUUGGUACUUCUUCGCCAUAUAGUAUAUCUUCCCCAGAAUAUUCUACAAGUGCAGAUUUUGAUUGGUCGCGAAACCUACCAGUAAUUGACGGUUUCAAUCGCGAUGUUCACGAUGAACUGGUUCAUAUGUUCUUUGCCUAUUUCAACAGCUGGUGCUAUUGGGUCGAGCCGACUCUUUUCAAAAGAGACAUGUCAGCAUGCUUGUCGUUUUCUGCUAUAUCUUCUCUGGCCCGGACGUCCCAGUAUAGCGGCCUGCUUCAUAAUGCUAUCCUUUCCUUAGCCGCCAACUAUUCAGAUCAUUCGUGCCUUGGCCCAAACGACAGAGGUGCCGUGUUUGCCUCUGAAGCAAAGCGGGCUAUCGAUUCUGAGGCUGAAAGCCCAAUGUUAAGCACUGUCGUGGGACUGAUGUUACUUGGCAGCUAUCAUUCCGGGACAGCACGCCACGGCUUGGGGUAUAUGUAUGCCGGCAUGGGUUUGCGAAUGAGCCAAACUCUUGGUCUUGGAAUUGAUUGUUCAAAAUGGAUUCAGAAACGCCUUAUCACGGAGUCCUUCAAAGACGACCGUGACCAUACCUACUACAUGUGUUAUAUACAGGACAAAUUGUGGGGUUUCUAUGUAGGCCGAAGCCCUACAUUGAAGAUGUCGGAAAUCGAGACUCCCCUUCCCCGUAUCAACAAGGAAAGAGACGCUGCACUCUGGAUGCCCAUGCAGCUGGCAUCACAGUCGUGUUUGGGUACAGAAGAUGGUUUAGAAGAGGCCUCGGAUACCAUGGAUGUAGAACCGGAGCUUCAACCCAUCUGUAUGAUCAGUUGGGCGAGCACCAACUUUCUUUGGACUUGUAAACUGGCAUACAUAGCUGAACGCGUGGCAGAUGUAGUAUAUCACCUGCGUGCUAAUAUAUCUUCUCCUCGAACUCAGAAUCUUGUCUCUGAUCUAGAUAUCCGAUUGGAGAAAUGCCCACCACAUGUCAUUAUGCUCCAUGCCAUGUAUUACUUCGUCGUCAUGCUCUUGCAUCGGCCAUUCUAUCUCCGAGGCAGUUCUUAUGGAAACGAAUUCGCUGCUUCUCGCUGUUAUAAAGCUUCAUCACGAACCGUUCAGCUUCUAGAUUUGUAUCGCGAAUGUCCAGGACUUCGCUAUGCACCUAUAACUCUCACUCAGAUAACAUUUACGGCGGGAACGUCGCAUCUCCUUGGUGCUGUGAUGCAGGGGAAUAGCCGCACUGAGAAACAAACGGCCGCGUCUCUGGAAGGUGCGAAAGCUUGCUUGCGGGCCCUACAACAAAUGGGUCGUUCGUGGCAAUGUGCCACACAGAGCGGCGAAAUUCUUAGCCGGUUGCUAAUGGACUGGUGUCCAGAAUCUAAAAGUAAUCCUUCCGACUCGGGAGGUAACUUUACUGGAGCCGAAGAACGUGGGCGACAACAAGCCUCAACGAAUGUCUUAGAAAGGGCUAAUGAUCCCUCUUCUGACCUCGCGAAAGCGUUGGUAAGUCUGGGAUGGACGCCGCCUACGAUGGCCCACGGUGGGGAUCCGACUGCUUCUGCUACAAGUGUCUCCUUCCCUUUGACACCCAUGAAUCUAUCUGAAUUCUCUACGUCGACACUGCUACAGAAUACCCCCAGCUUCGUUGACCAACUGCAUGCGAAUCCGACACUCUCAGGCUCUCAAAAUGUGGGACUUGAUUCCUUUUCACAUAUGUUCAAUACUGCGACCUCGGGCCCGGAGACGAUGGAUUCAAGUACUAGCAUGUGGCCUCUGCUAGGACCGGGAUAUACAUGGAACUGGACCUCAAAUUUUGACAACGUUUUUAUGAAACAUCCACACUUCAGAGACUGCGACUCUGAAAGUCACUCAGCUUGAAUUAUGCGGACUAGCGUGCCCGAGAAGUCCAUCGGAAGUUCUGUACAACAUUGACGACUUUGUAUCAUAGUGCUCGAAAUUUCCAACGAAAUGAGGGUGUCGGACCAAAU